CAAUAUAAAGGAAUUUUUUGACAGAUUAAAUAUGCGCUUUGAAAUCGUUGUAAAAUUGCGCAUUAAAUAAAAAUAUUAUUUAUUAAAAACAGUUUUAAAGCAAAUUAAACAAUAAAAUUAAUUUUUAAAAAUGAGUUCUAAUGUUAUUAGGACACCUGUCUCACAAAUAAUUCACAGUAAGGAUGCUACAGAUAAAGAUGAGCCCAAAAAAAAGUCUCGUGAAGAUUGGAAAAAAGCUAAAGAGUUGGAAGAAGCGCGAAAGGCUGGUACAGCACCUGCAGCGGUUGAUGAAGAAGGACGGGAUAUAAAUCCACAUAUUCCACAAUAUAUAUCAAAUGCUCCUUGGUAUUAUGGAGCUCAAGGCCCCACCUUAAAACAUCAGCGUCCACAAAAACAAGAUUUACAAGGAGAAUUAGAAAAGCAAUAUCCCAAAGGUAUAAAUGUUUCAAAACUUGUUACAAAAUAUCGCAAAGGGGCUUGUGAAAACUGUGGUGCUGUGACACAUAAGAAAAAAGAUUGUCUUGAGCGACCCCGUAAAAUACAAGCAAAAUAUGCCGAUUCAAUUUUGGUCCAUGAUGAAUAUUUGGUUCAUGAUAAUGCUGCCAAUUAUGAUGAGAAACGUGAUCGUUGGAUAUCUUAUGAUCCAGCGAAUCAUCGCGAAAUUAUUGAGGAAUAUGAAAAGGUCGAAGAAGCUAAACGGCAACUCAAAGCAGAAAAGUUAAAAAUGAAUCCGGAUGCAGAGCUGUCUGAUGACGAUGACAAUGAAGAUAAAUAUGUCGAUGAAGUAGAUAUGCCUGGAACAAAAGUAGACUCUAAACAACGAAUUACUGUUAGAAACUUACGCAUAAGAGAAGAUACUGCCAAAUAUUUGCGAAAUUUAGAUCCCAAUUCUGCAUAUUACGACCCUAAAACAAGAUCGAUGAGAGACAAUCCAAAUCCUAGCAAGCCAGCUGAAGAAUCUGAAUUUGCUGGAGAAAAUUUCGUACGUUUUACUGGUGAUACUACAAAACAUACAUCUGCACAGCUUUUUGCCUGGGAAGCACAUGGAAAAGGCGUUGACGUGCACUUACUUGCAGAGCCUACAAAACUAGAGCUAUUACAGAAAGAAUAUGAGAAGAAAAAGGAGCAUUUUAAAUUAAGUACAAAAGAUCAUAUUGUCGAAAAAUAUGGAGGUGAGGAGCAUCUGAACGCACCACCAAAAUCUCUUCUUUUAGCGCAAACAGAAGAAUAUGUUGAGUACUCCCGCAGUGGAAAAAUUAUUAAAGGCAUGGAGAAACCGAAGGCAAAAAGUGUUUAUACAGAGGAUAUUUAUAAUAAUAACCACACUAAGAUUUGGGGCAGUUAUUGGAGUGUUGGCCGGUGGGGUUAUAAAUGCUGCAAAUCUUUUAUCAAAGGUUCAUACUGCAUUGGUAUGAAAGAAACUGAUUCAUUAUGUGACAAUAUUACAUAUUCCUUCGAGGCUGGAACAAAAAAAGAUUGCCAAACUGAUAGUUAUAUAUCAGAGCCUUCGUCACCAUCAUCUUUCGAAGAACUUACUAGAAAAAAUAAUAUUAAACUAAAAAAAACGCAUGGAAAAACAACUAAUAAGAUUAAACCAAUUCUUACAAAUGUAUCAAAAUGUUCUAACGAAAUAGAUGACCGGAAGCGUCCAUAUAACAGUUUAUAUGAAAUAAAACCUCCUACAGAAGAAGAAAUAGAAGAGUGGCAACGCAAGCGUACCCGUGCUGAAGAUCCAAUGUUAGAUUUCAUUUAAAAUAAAUAUUUUAUAA